AUGACCGACUCGGAAGUGUGGCCCUUUUCGCUCUCAACAGACCCGUCUCCUCGCCUCGACGACGUGCGCCUCAUGUCGCCCUCGCCAUUAUGCCAGCCGUCGCCAGGUCACAACAACACCAACCCGGGGGCCAACACAAACAACAUGCAGUUCGACACGGCCGACUUUCUCGAAAUGGACAUGUUCGAAGACACGCACGGAGCCCCGAGCGAUGGCUCAACCACCAGCGGCACUAGCACCCAUGCCCACGCCUCCAACAAGGCCUGGGAUGCCUUUGGGGUCUCCACCCCGUACGUAUCCUACGUGCCAUAUAAAAAGCGCAGUGACAAUGACCUGCUGGACUUUGACUUCAUCGACUCGUCCCAUGACCUGAUGGGUGUGACCAAUAUGAUGGGUCAGCAGCUGUCACAGCCGCAGCUGCAGCAACAACACCGUUUGGGCCAACGUCAACUGGACCAACAGUUGCAACGACAACAACAACAGCAACGACAGCUUCAACAACAGCAGCAACAUCAACGGCAGAUGGAGCUCCAACAGCGUCAACUGGAACAGCUUCAACAGCAGCACCAACAACAGGCCCAGCUGCAAAUGAACUUCUCCUCGUCCUCUCAGCACACUCCCACCCGUCAUCCCGGAUCAUCCCACCCAGGCUACUCGUCCAGCCCUACCCGGCGCAUGCAAAAGACAAAGUCCAUGCCCAACCUCAAGCACAAAACAUCCAGCCGCAGACUCACUCAGCAGCCUCCUCUGCCCCUGGAUCUUAUCCAGCCUGUCAUCCCUCCGACUGAGGGCCAGUCUGGAUCUGCAGGAGGCUCUUCCAGCACUGCUCACUCGCCCAACAAGGGUCUGACGUUUGUCACUCACGAGUUUGAGCACUAUGAGCCUCCAAAGGCGUCCUCCAAGAGUCCCACCAAGGUGACAAAGGCCAGACUCAACACGAAAAAGAGUGUCAAUAACCUCAAAAAGCGAGAGUCCCAAGAGGUGCUCUCGACCCUCAUGUCACGCCAGCUUUCGGGCUCCAAUUCGUCGGCCGUCUCCUCUACCAACAACGAUGUCGAUGUGACCGUGAUGAGCGUGGACUCUCCUUCUGCAUUUAAGUCCGCCAUGAAACAGGUCCAGUCGUCUUCUCCGCGCCGCAAAAAAUCCUCUCCAGAACUCAGGCAGCAGUCCCAGAUGUACAAGUCGCCGCCUCCAGUCCCCCAGCUGUCUCAGCUUCCCAUGCCUCAAAUGGCACCCCUAACUUCUCCAGUCAUGUUGAAGCAGCAGCAACAACACCAACAACAACAACAACAACAACAACAGCAGCAGCAGCAGCAGCAACAACACAUUAUUCAUACCCCGGACCAGUCUCCUAGACGUGGUUUGAGACACGCUAAAUCCGUGGCGUCGUUUCAGCCCACAGCCUCCAUGCCCGGUUUCAAUCUCGACAGCCUAGUGAGCGAAAGCAUGCCAUCCAAGCCGUCCCACAAGAACGACAAGGAGGCAUCGUUCUCGUCAUUCCAGGUCAUGCUGUCGCGUGUGGACAACAAGAAUGUGCUGAUGAAUGCUCCUCCACAGACUCCGGCUCCAGUGGGUGGAGAAAUGGGCACCAUCGACCUGUCGUCUUCGAGGCGAUCGUCAUUCACCGGUCAUGGAGGCUCCCACAGCCAGGACAACCAGCUGUCGCCGCAGUGGAAGUCUCUGGGCAUUCCUGAGUCGUUCAAGACUCCGGUGCGAGCAGCAACCCGACGCAAGUCCAAGGCGUCUGCUUCCAAAGAGACACCGGUGCAGUCUGCCCACAAGAUUCUGCAGGAGAUUCCAACCAUCCCACAGUACGUGGAACCCGCGACCCAACUGGGAAAGUUGAAUUUGCAUGACUCGUCACUGGACUUUGAGUUCUUUGACGCGGUCCAGGGCACAGAGCCGUCCAACAGCCUGUUUGAUUAUGAGGCGAUAGUCAAAGACGAGGGCGGGGCUAGUACUGAGGUCGGGGAUUACAUCAAGUGGGAUGACGAAGAGUAUUUAUAA